GAUCGCAGUUGGUACGCGAAAAAGUUGGAGACUCGCGAAAUACAAUUUUGGAGUAAAUUUGAAAAAUUAAUAAUAAAAAUAUUGUUUGGCGCGCUUAAGAAAAAUUCGAUAAUAAAUAAAUAUUACAUUUAAAGAUAAGUGAAUACGAAAAGCGUUAUUUACUGAAAGUAAAUUUGUGAAAUCGCGCAUAUUAAAACGUUUCAAAGAAAUUUGGCAAAAACCUGCAGCUUAAUUGUUAAAAUAUGAAUCGUAAAUUUGGUAAGGCGACCACAGCCUUGAGGUUGCUCACUGCCUUCACACUACUCGGCGCAGUGGUGGCCUACGAUAACACAUUAGAACUAGAUUUCCCUGGCCCUUAUUGUGCUGCGAAGAAUAUUUGUUGUAAAAACAGGGAAGAUGGUUGCGCUAUGCCGAUUUCAACCACACUCUGCUAUUGCGAUGAGUUCUGUGAUCGCGAUCGUUCCGCCGAUUGCUGUCCCGAUUACCAUUCAUUCUGCUUAGGCGCACCGCGUCCGAUAAUGCGCUGCUACCACAACGGCAUCUACUUCAGCAAAUACAAUACCACAACGGAUAACUGUAAUGAGUGUCGUUGCCUGGACGGUGGACGCGUAGAGUGUGAUCGCGAUCUCUGUCUAACCGAUGACAAUUUAGUGAACAACGUGAACUCGAUACGUCAGUUAGGCUGGUCGGCACGGAAAUAUGGCGAAUGGUGGGGACGUAAAUACGCGGACGGUCUGACAUUACGUCUGGGCACAAUGGAACCUACAUUCCGCGUCAAAGCGAUGACACGUUUAAGCAACAAGGCGAGCGCUUUGCCACGUCAAUUCAAUGCCGUGGAUCGUUGGAGCAAAUAUGUAAGCGAUGUGCCAGAUCAAGGCUGGUGCGGCUCGUCUUGGGUGCUGUCUACAACAUCGGUUGCUUCGGAUCGCUUCGCCAUACAAUCGCAGGGUAAGGAAGUUGUGCAGCUAUCGCCACAGAAUAUUUUGUCGUGCACACGCAGACAACAGGGUUGCAACGGUGGUCACUUAGAUGCCGCCUGGCGUUUCCUGCAUAAACAGGGUGUCUUGUCAGAGGAAUGCUACCCAUACACCGCACGCCGUGACGUCUGCAAAAUAACUCACGGUUCCCGUCGUCUGUUGAGCGCGUACGGCUGUCGCCCUGCAACACGCACCGAUCGCGAUGAGUUCUACACAGUCGGCCCGGCAUACUCGCUGAACAACGAAACCGAUAUUAUGGCCGAAAUCUUCCAUUCGGGUCCCGUGCAGGCGACCAUGCGCAUUUAUCGCGAUUUCUUCGCCUAUUCGGGUGGCGUCUACCGACAUACCGCGGCCAGUCGCAGCAGUCCGACUGGUUUCCACUCGGUAAAAUUGGUCGGCUGGGGUGAGGAGCAUGAUGGCGUCAAGUAUUGGAUCGCCGCCAACUCGUGGGGUCCCUGGUGGGGUGAACAUGGUUACUUCCGCAUUGCGCGCGGCAACAAUGAAUGCGGCAUUGAGGAGUAUGUCCUCGCCGCUUGGCCCAAUGUUUACAACUACUUCAAAACCACUUGAAGCGUAUGAGAGUGAGCCGCAAAGCGUGGUCGUGUGAGAAAUUGCAAACAAAGAAAUAAUAAUCUCGUAAAUUUUUCCAAUUACAUUUUAAUAUCUAAUUAAACACUAAAAAUUAUGCAAGUUUAAAGCCCAAGCAAAAUUUUUUAUAUAAUCUAUUUUUUUUAUAAACUAUAUUAAAAGCAAACAAACAUAUUUAGAAUCGGAAGUGAAAAUUAGGUUUUGUUUGGUUGCAGAACUUUAGUCGCUCACUGUAGAAUUAAG